UAUGUUUGUUAUUACUUAUUAUAACAAUAUAUUAUGUUUUUAUGUCUCACGCUUUCAUCUAGAGUAGUUAGUAAUUAUUACUCUGAUGUUUUUGUAAAGUUAUAUCGUUAUAUUAAAAGAAAAAUCAAAUUACACUGUGUCUGAUUUAGGUAGGCCUUAGAUCUAGGGAUCAGAACUGUCCUGACCAGUGGACUCGUCGUGUUACAUUUAAGCAGUAAGAAUCUUAACUGAAAUGGAUAACCACAGGACCGUGAUCAAAAGAGUUGAAGUAAAUAAAGUUAAAAAAGAGCCAUUUACCAACAGUUGUUCGACGACCCACAAGGAUCGUCAAAAAAUAACCGAUUUGGUUGCAAAUAAACUUAAUGAAGCAGUAGACCAGCCAAUAAAUAAAAUUGAAAUAGAUCAAACCAACAAUUAUUUCUUCAAGACUAUAUUUAAAUUACGGAAAAAAAAUGAGGAGUCGGAAAAGCAACAAAAAACAAUCGGCGGAAAUGCAUACAAAGUUACAGAAGCAAAAGUUGAAGUUGAAUCAGAUGACGAUAACCGUGGGACCGUGAAUGAUAUACAUGAAGAAAAUGAGAAUGUUGAAGCACAAAAUGCUCAUAGAGAAACAAUAGAUGGGAAUACAUCCAAUUGCAAUGGUACGAGAAAUGAAGCUAACGAACACGUCAAAGAGAUGGAAACCGAUACCAAUAACUCACAACGGCUGUCAUUUCAAUGUGCUUUAUGUCAAAAGUGGUAUAACACCAAACAAAAAAUAGCUUUACAUAUAACAAAGUCCCACAAAAGUUCAACUGUUAAACAUUCGCACCAACAAAGCAAUAUUCUUCUUCACAAUAAGUGUACUGAAGGACCCUACACAUGUAGUAUGUGUUUCAAGGAGUUUUCUUCUGAGUCCAACCUCACAAAACACAAACGUGUGGUGAAAAGCCUUUUAAGUGGGUUAAGUGCUAAAGGUAUUUUUCUCUAAAAAUAAUCCUAGCAAACCACCCUGGUGAAAAUCCCUAUUCAAAUGUGAUGUAUGCUUUAAGUCUUUUUCCAUAGAAUGAAACGUUGCAAUUUUUUUAGCUAUGAUACGGAGUUGAGAGGCUUCUUAAGUUUAUUUUUAAUUUUUAUUAUGAGUUUAUGUAUGAAUAGGGACUAGGGUGUAGGAUAACUGUAAUCAAAUAGGAUAGUAUUGCAACUGCUAAACUUUUAAGCGAUUUAACGUUAAAUAAAAACCAAAAUAGUUGGUAUUUUUGUGCAAUAUGAAGUUGAUUUUACCUAAUUUACCUGUAAAAUUUUUUCGACAUGUAUUAUUAGAAUUUUUUUUAUAAAUUUCCGUUAUUAUUGGACAUUUUUUGUUUCUUUGUUAAUGAAUUAUAUGUGUGUUUUUUUUUUUUUUUAAUAAUUUUACUCAAAUUGUAAUUGUAUUUUUUCGGCAAUUUCCAUAAUGAAUUUAAUUUUUGUUUUACAAAGUCCAUUAGUUAAUAUGUACCUAUUAUGUUGAAGUGACAACUUCAUAUUACCCUCUUCACCUGUAGAUGAACCACUGCUGCUACAACCAUAGAAUCGGCCACUGUUGUAUUCGAGUCUUAACAAACCUAUUUAAAUAUUAUCUUAUCCUCUACCAUGUGGGUUGUAGAACUCUUUGUUCGUUGUGGAAGAGUUUGACGGUCCUUGUAGAAAUGAAACAUGAAUUAUAAGACAAGCACUCGAAUCGGUUUAUUGCAGAAUUUGUUUUUGCUCGGGUUUCUUAUAAACUCAUAAUUGUUGUUACUCUUUUAUAACAAUUUGUUUGCAUAAUUAUGAUUUCAUGUCAAUUUUUAUUGUUUCCAAUUUAUUUAUUUAAUUAUUUAACAACAAUGAUAAAUAUUUCUGAUGUUUAUUAGUUAUUUAUAAUUUAGUGUGAUUUUGCUUUUCGUGCAGAUCUUAGGAAAUGUUUAUAAUUCAACUGCUACUUUUUAAAUUUAUUGUGUUUUGAUUUAAAAAGUAAAUAAGCUUACAUAAACUGGCGUUUUCCAAGUAUUAUUUUUAAAGUUAUGUCAUUUGGAAUCAAGAUUAUUAGUAGAUAACUUAAAAAAAUUAAAAACAGCACAGUCCAAACCAAGUGCAGUAUAAACCCAGUACAAUGUUAAACCAAUCAUUAAAUCCAAGGAAUGGAAAAAGGAGAAGGCUAGAAAAAAAACACAUAGGCAACAAUUAUAUUUAGAACCACUAGUAAAACUGUUUAUUAAAAAAAACAUUAGGCAAUAAUUAUUUAACAAUUUUGUAUAAUAUUGUGUAUGAAAAAAAAUGUAAUUAUCCUAAUGAUAAUAUUACUGUGCAAUGUAUAUAAUUUUUUUAUUAAAAAAACGAAUGCCGAGUGUAUAGAUAUAUUAAUUAUCUCAAUAUUCCUAAUCUAAAUUAGAUGUAGAUUAGGGAAAUAUGGCGGGGUAUAUGUUUGUCAGCAUUGUCUUGUGGGCUGAUUACUACUACGAAGAAGAGUAAGAAGACAAUUAGUAAGUAAGAAGUAAGUUGGGCAAUUAAUUAAAACAAUUUUGUAUAUUAGUGUGUGUAAAAAAAAAUUUUAAUAUUCUAAUGGUAAAUAUUAGUAUAAUAGGUAUGUAA